UUGACAGAUCAACCAAAACAUCCUUGUUUUUGUGAGGUGCUAUCUCUCGUGUAUCGCGCAGAAAUGAUUAAAAAUUAGUUUUUUCGUCUAAUAAAUCAUUAAUCCAAAGGUAAGGAAGCCGUACGAUGGAAUGCGAUGAUGCGGCCGUCGAACGGCAAAAGCUGGUCUCCAACGACGAGGAAGACGAUCAGGCAACAAUCACCAAUUUGUCCUCCAGCGGGCAGGCAAAAUCAAUCCAAACGCCAAUCUCGCCCGUGCUUAGUAAUAAGAUUUUUUCUAGCGGCGAAACAAGUCGCAGUCAGAACUCCACUAGUUAUCCUGCCAGCGUGGGAAAGGCGGAGAAAAACGAUGCCCCUCCCACGGCCAGACUGAACUAUAUCAAUGAGCGUAAGAAUCAGGAAGCCAAGGCGAAACCGAAAAAGAUUCAAAGAGAGCUGACGCCAAGCAGUGCGGUUAGCUCUAGUAGCAGCAGUAAUCUCCCACUCAGUUCGCGGAUUAAUCUCCGCCAGAAGGCUUCUGACCAGUCACAGGCCAGUAGCAGCCGGCAACACUCGAAUGCCGCCACCGCCAAUAGUAGCUCGAUUAGUUUGAACAAAAGCCAUAGUUUCACUUCCCGCCCACUAAAACAUCACUCUUUUAUAUCAGAAGUACCGGACGUGCGACACAUGGAGCGGGCCCUACUCGGUUUGCUCGAAGAUUUCCAUUCGGGAAAGCUAAAAGCUUUCGGAUCUGGUUGCACAAUGGAGCAAAUGACAAGCAUCCGGGAGCAACAAGAAAGCCUGGCAAAGCUGCACUUCGACUUAGGCAAUGAGGCGUCCUUCGGUGCCAACGCCGGCAACAAUGAAGCUCAAUCGCAGAACAACAUGCGCAAACUGGUGGCCAAGCUGGAACAGCUAUCAUUCUCAAUCGAAAAACUUCACUCAAGCAACGUGGAGCAGUGACUCGAAUAAUGCUUCUAGUGAAAAUGUGCAUCUCCGAAUAUUUGGGUAAGGGAAACAGUAAAUCAACUUUUCUGGGGCUCAUGACAUUCGUUUUUUUUCUAUUAUUUUUUCAAAUAAUUUAAUUUAUGUUAAAAACAAUGUGAUUCGAAAAUAAAACAUCAUAUGAUUUUUACAUUUAUGUAGCGGAAAUCGCCGCUGUUUUA